AUGUUACUUGUCCCUACUCCAUCAGGUCAGUCCACAUCACAUGUCCCUACUCCAUCAGGUCAGUCCACUUUACAUGUCCCUACUCCACCAGAUCAGUCCACCCCACUUGUCCCUACCCCAUCAGAUCAGUCCACGUCACCCGUCCCUACUCCAUUAGGUCAGUCCACUUCACUUGUCCCUACUCCAUCAGGUUAG